AAUGUUAGCGUGGCAGUCUGACCUUUAGAACUCUGUGAAGAACACAAAGUACUCGAGUCGUGUGUGACUUGCAGAUAAGAUAAUUAUUCCUCGUGAGCCUAGAUUAGUGAACCAAGGUCCAACUAGUCCAAAGUCUUGAUUAACCAGCACGAUGCUGAACAACACGGGAAAACUCGCCGGAAAGACCCUUUUCAUCACAGGCGCCAGCCGUGGAAUUGGAAAAGCGAUUGCCCUGAAGGCGGCCAAGGAUGGGGCCAACAUCGUCGUUGCGGCCAAAACAGCUGACCCACAUCCAAAGUUACCUGGCACCAUUUACUCAGCUGCCAAAGAGAUCGAAGCCGCUGGUGGCAAAGCCCUGCCGUGUGUGGUGGACGUGCGGGACGAGAGCUCGAUCGCCAACGCUGUCAACGACGCCGUCAAGGCCUUCGGAGGAAUUGACAUCCUUAUUAACAAUGCGAGCGCAAUUUCGCUGACGCCGACCCAGCACACUGACAUGAAGCGUUACGACCUGAUGCACGGAAUCAAUACUCGCGGCACAUUCCUUGUUUCGAAACUAUGUCUGCCAUACCUGCUGAAGAGCAAGAACGCACACAUCCUCAACAUCAGCCCGCCACUGAACAUGAAUCCGAUUUGGUUUAAGAAUCACGUCGCCUACACCAUGGCCAAGUACGGCAUGUCCAUGUGCGUGCUCGGUAUGGCUGAAGAGUUCCGUGGAGACAAGGUGGCCGUCAACGCUCUCUGGCCGAGGACAGCUAUUUUGACCGCCGCUAUGGAAAUGUUGGCCGGAGGACAGAGCGAGGCUGCCCGUAUGUCUCGCAAACCGGACAUUAUGGCCGAUGCUGCCUACGCAAUCCUCACCAGGGACAGCGGCUCCUUCACUGGAAACUUUGCCAUCGACGAUGAGGUGCUGGCUGCCGAGGGCAUCACAAAUAUGGACUCGUACGCCAUUGAUCCAAGCAACAAGGACAAUUUGAUGCCAGACUUCUUCCUGGAUGUGCCGCCAGAGACGAUCAUCAAGGAGCACAUCCAGAAGCCGGCAGCGGCGUCAGCAGGAGGCGCGGUAGGAGAGGUGGGCAAGGUGUUCAAGGCCAUCGAGGCAAACCUGAGCGAAGAGCUUGUCGCCAAAGUGAACGCGAUCUACCAAUUCAACGUUUCAGGAACUGAGGAGGGCCAGUGGUUCCUGGAUCUCAAGACUGGAAAGGGCAGCGUCGGACAGGGCCCCUCAACCAAUGCUGACGCCACGCUCAGCAUGAAUAGCAAACAUUUUGCUGACAUGUUCGCAGGAAAACUGAAGCCAGCUGGCGCCUUCAUGACUGGCAAGCUGAAAAUUUCGGGCAACAUCCAGAAGGCGAUGAAGCUGGAGAAGCUUAUGGGACACCUCAAAGCCAAAAUGUAAAAUUUACUAUUUAUAUUUUUGAACUCACAAAAUUGUUUAGCUAUUUAUUCAAGUCAGCAAAUGUACACUUUGUGAGUUGCGUUGUUGAUUAUAUUGUUUCCGAAGAGUUAACAUUAUACUGAAAUAAAUUUAAUAUACUUUUUCAUAGAAA